AUGAAUUAUCAUUCUGCAAAACUUUAUUUGAUUUUUGCCCUCCUGGCUCAGUGCUGCUGCUGUGUCUCCACCGUCCAGAGCAGGAAACCACCUGAGCAGAGACCUCAGCUGGGUUUACCGACGGUCACCUGCUCCGCCCGGGGAGUCAAAGCCGUGUUCGGUCCGAUGGUUACAGACAGUGUUCGAGUACAAACUCUGACUGGAGCUGUAGUCCCGGUGCUGCAGUCUGAGGGCUCCUGUGGGGUGAGGAUGGCCAGAGAGAAGAACCACAGCCUGACGUUUUUCAGCAGAUAUGACAGCUGCUAUGCCAGAGUUGAGGGCAGCAAAGUGGUCAUCCCCCUGCAGGUCCAGCUGACAGGAGAGGAUCGGUGGAUCAGGGUGAAUAUCAGCUGUUCCCUGAUAAAGAGGCGCGAUGACAAAACCCAUCCAACCUCCACAUCAUUCCUUGGAAAGUGUGACAUCAAAAGAGCUCUACGAAUAAAUUGCGGACCCCGAGGCAUUUCCAGCGACAUCUGCAACAAACUGGGAUGCUGCUAUGAUGCUGUUGAUUUAAACUGCUAUUACAAACUCAAUUCCUGUUCUCUGGAUGGAAACUUUGUGUUCUCAGUAAAGGCGACGGACACGCACCCACCCAUUGAUCCCAGCAGCCUUAUAAUCAAGGAUCAGCCUCAUUGUUUCCCCGCCGUCACGACCCAAGACACUGCUGUCUUCAGAAUAGGAGUCAUGGAAUGUGGAGCAAAGAUGAAGGCACAGGGAGAUACGGUGACCUAUGAGGUGGAAGUGGGGGAGCUGCAUAGUAAAAGAACAAGCAAACAUUCUCCAUUUAAUCUGCUGGUGGAGUGUGAAUACGACGCAUCCGAUCUAAAGCGUGCGAAAGACUUGCGGUCCUUGUAUGCAGUGACCAAUCCACCACCUGUUGUUGCACUGGGAACCAUCAGAGUGCAGAUGCGAAUAGCCAGAGAUGCAUCUUUUACUUCCUUUGUUCCUGAAAACCAGCUUCCACUGACCGUGCCCUUGCGUAAACCCAUAAAUGUGGAAAUUUCCAUUGUGCAGCCAUCCCCAGAUCCUACGCUUUCCCUACGUAUACGAGACUGCUUCGCCUAUCCUGUGACUAGACACUCCGUGUGGACGCUUCUCUACGAUGGAUGUCCCAACCCUGUGGACAACAUGAGAAGCUCUGUCCCUGUGGACGACCAGGGGAGGACCACGUCCCACUCCCAAGCCAGGAGGUUUGAUGUGAAAACAUUUGCUUUCCUGGACCCCCAUACAGGCAAUCCAAGUGUGGAGGAAAUGUACUUCUACUGUUGGGUGGAAAUCUGCACCAGUGAUGCUGAAUGUGCACAGCGUUGCACCAUAAUCACAUCUGAUGGCGCGAGGCGGAGAAGAGAGGUCCUCUCCGAGUCCCAGAGGCUUCAGCUGGUCUCUUUAGGGCCGCUGGUGCUGGUACAGAAUACCACUGAACCAGGGGAUGAGCCGUGCGUCAAACACAAAACAAUGUUCCAGGUGAUGGUGUAUAUUCUCUGUGGUGUUGGUGCCGCCCUGUUUUUGAUGCUGCUCUUGAUAAUAUGCACAAGUAUCAGAAGGUGUCAGAAAACAGAACCACAGCCAGCUUGUGUUGAAGUUAACACUGAACCAAAUCAAUAAAUCACUCCUUAUUCUGCACUGAAAUAGUGUUCUGUACUGAUAAUUACCUUAAAGUCUGAGCAUUGAAAUUGUGUAAUGAAUCUUGAAAUUAUAUCUAAAUUCAAAAUAUUCUCCUUA